ACUGUCCACUUACCUCCUCCCGCAUUCUUCUUCUCUUGCCAACCCCGACAGCACCCUGUAGAAAUUGUCAAUUUCAUCUCUGAAAUUAGGGUUUCUUUUUUGACAAUUCAACCUAUUUCUUCUCAUUCUGUUCUUCAAUUUCAACUACAAGUCCAAAUUAGGCUUGGCUUUUUUAAAAUUAUUGAUUGGGGGUUAUCUGCUUAUUUGGUGUUUGAUUUCUUCGAGACUUUGUGGAAGAUUCGCUAUAGGAGGUGUGAUGCAGGGGAGCUGUUUUUCUUAGAAUUUGAUUAUGUUGAAGAAGAAAAAUUGGUCAUUUAAGGGUUGGAAUUAGGUUCUUUUGGAUUAUAUUCUUGUGUUCUUUGGGGUAAGGCUAAUGGGUACUGCUUUUCUUUUCUGGGACCUAGUUCUACUAAAUAGGUGAAAUUGGUGAUUUUGAACUAAAACUCAGGUUUUGGGAGGUUAUUUUGCUUCAGUAUUUGAGUCCAUGAACUUGAAGAAAUCGGUGAUUUGUGAGUAGAUAUUUGGGUUGUGUGCUUCUUUUCCUUGGGUUUUGUUGACAUUGAAUUGUGCUUGAAUGGGCGACACAGACGAUGAUGCAAGAUAUCCACCCAUCCCUUACGGUGUGACUCAAGGUUAUGGGUCGGCACAACGCCUAAAGCUUCCCAUUCGGAGUUCAUCUUAUCCUCGUCAGGUUGGUAAUCAAUAUGUCAACGUUGAUGAUGAUGAUGAUGAUAAUGAAGAGGUUGAUGAAGCAGAAGAGGUUGAUGAAGAAGAAGAAGAAGAAGAAGAAGAAGAAAAUGAUGAUAAUGAGGAUAAUGCUAAUAGACAAAUGGUCAAAGUUGAAAAUGUUGAUGAUGACGACAACGAUGAUGAUGGUGAUGAUGAGACUGAGGAUGAGGAUGGAGAUGAACAAAAUGGUUAUAGUGUGAGGAUUGGAGACGUUGAUUUAGAAAGGCACCAAAAGAAGCGGAAGGUGAAGAGUCUAUCAAGUUACGAAUUUGCUCCUCGAGUGGCUGCAUCUCCAAUGGCAACUGCAUCCACCUCAAAGCCAUCAUUUGGUGGGCGGAAUCCACUUGCUGAUUGGACUGAACAUGAGACAUUUGUUCUGCUAGAUGCUUGGGGUGACAGAUUUCUUAAACGUGGUAGAAAGAGUCUUCGGUCUGACGAGUGGCAAGAGGUCGCAGAGAAGGUAACACAGGAGUCAAAAAUUGAGAGGGCAGACACUCAGUGUCGAAAUCGUUUGGAUACGUUGAAGAAAAAAUACAAGAAAGAGAAGAUUAAGUUGGCUGAGAGCAGAGACACAACCAGCAAAUGGGUAUAUUUUAGAAAAAUGGACAUGCUAAUGUCGCCUGCCCCCAAACAACCAGGCCUUUCAUGUGGGGUGGAUUCGGGGGAGUUUGUUUUCAUGAACCCUAAAGUCUAUUUGAAUCGUGCUAAUGGAUUGGACGAAAUGAGGGAUAGCCCAGGAAAUUCAGGAUCUGCAGAGGAGGAGGAUUCAGAUGAACUUCCACCCAAGAGGACAAGGAUGGGCAAGGAGAGAGAUGAUGGAGCUUCGUUCAGAUUGCUUGCUGAUUCUAUUCAUAAAUUUAGCGAGAUAUAUGAGAAGAUUGAAAACAGUAAAAGACAGCAGAUGCUAGAACUGGAAAAGAUGAGGAUGGAUUUCCAUAGGGAGUUGGAAUCACAGAGAAGGCAGAUUCUAGAGAGAACCCAGGCUGAGAUUGAAAAAAUAAGGCAAGGUGACAAUGAGGAGAAUGAUCUUUCUGCCGAGAACAUCAGUGGGUGAUGUAUCUGCAUCUGAUUUUUUUUCUUAAUGUUAUUUAGAAUUGGGCUGCUUGCUGUAGUUGUUCGGUAUAUCAGGCAUUGUGUUCCUUUUUGGUUAUUAAAUUGCUAGGCAAUAAACCACCAGGAUGAAUGUAUUUGAAAACAUUAAUUAUGGCUGAAGUAAUAAUCAAACUACAUAGAUUAGUGCCUUCUCUGUUACAUUAGCAUUCCUUUAAUAACGCCAGUGCUACUUUUAUCAGUAA